AUGUUAGACGAAAAUAUUCCUCUCGUAUCCGCUGCUGAGAGAGACAAUAAUAUUGAUGAAGAUUCAAAAAAUCAAUCUGAAGAAAGUGGUUCUACACUACGUCUUGUAAUACCUCCAUUAAUUAUAUUCGCCACUGUCGUAACUAUUCUGACAUUCAUCGUCGUUGUCUUCGUUAUAGCACGUGAUUCGCCAUCAGCGCAUUAUCGUGUCGAUUGUUAUCCUGAUGCUCUAUCGAAAUUUUCAAAUUAUUCAAAAGAAGCUUGCCGUAAACGUCAUUGUUGGUUCGAUGAAAGAGCAAAUCUUAGUGGUACACAAUGCUAUAUGAAUGAUAAUUACGGUUAUCUAUUCGAAGGAGAAGAAAAAAAACAAAAUGGUAUACAGAUAAAACUAAGACGAUAUCAAGCGCUUGCAAGUAUAUUUCCUGAACCUAUUGAUAAUGUUAUACUUGAUGUUCAAUAUUAUACCAAUGAUAUAAUUCGAUUCAAAUUUUAUGAUAGUGAUAAUCAACGAUAUGAGGUACCGAUUCCAUUGGCACAAUCGUCUGAUCAUGUUUCAAACCCACAAUAUCAAUUCAAGCAUACAUCGCAUCUUUUACCAAAUAAUUUAUUUUCAUUUACUAUUAAACGUCGUGCAAGUGAUACAAUCCUUUUUGACACUAAUCUUGGUGGUCUUGUACUUAAUAACCAAUUUCUUCAAAUAGUUACACGAUUACAAUCACCACAUAUCUAUGGAUUUGGUGAAAACAAUCAUGAUACACUUAAACAUAAUGUAUAUGAACAAAAAACAUGGGGCAUUUUUGCACGUGAUCAAGCUACAAAUUGGGGAACGAAUACAAAUCAUUAUGGUUCACAUCCAUUCUAUGUUGUCAUGGAAGAAAAACCAAAUUCAAAUUCAACUCCAUCAGGUCAUAUGCACGGAGUACUUUUACUUAAUUCAAAUGCGAUGGAUUAUUCAUUAAGAUCAACACCAUCAUUAACCAUACGUACAAUUGGUGGUAUUCUAGAUUUUUUUAUGUUUCUUGGUCCAACACCAGAACAAGUCAUUCAACAAUAUACAUGGCUUAUAGGACGAUCGAUUUUACCUCCAUAUUGGUCACUUGGUUUUCAAAUAUCUCGAUGGGGUUAUUCCGAUGUCGAACAUAUGGAAAUGGUUACGAAACGAAAUCGUCUAGCAAAUGUUCCAUUCGAUGUUCAAUACGCUGAUAUUGAUUAUAUGGAUUCAAGAAAAGCUUUUACAAUCGAUCCAAUUCAUUUUGGUCAAUUAAAAAAAUAUUUUUCUCAAUUGAAUCAAGAUGGUAUAAGAACAAUGAUUAUUCUAGAUCCAGGAAUGAUUGAUGAUAAAAAAUAUUAUCAACCAACUAUUGAAGGUAUUCAAGAAGAUGUUUUUAUUCGAUGGAAUCAAUCAAAAACAUUAAUAAAAGGAGUUUGUUGGCCAGGUGAUGUAUUUUAUCCAGAUUUCUUUGUAAAUCAAACACAAACUUGGUGGUCACGUUGGAUCAACAAUUUUCGAAAAGUUAAUCUAACAUUUGAUGGACUUUGGAUCGAUAUGAAUGAACCUGCUUUAUUCAGUACAAAUGAUCCAGUUCCAUGGAAUUCCGGGGAAACGGGUAGUAAUUAUACACUAAAAUGUUCACAGAAUCAAUUCGAUGAUCCACCUUAUCGUACAAAAGCUGUUUUUCGAUUCGAUAACGAUAUGGAUCGAGCAGCUCGUCUUUCUGAUCACACGUUAUGUAUGUCAGCUUUACAAGGUGAGAUAAAUUCAAGAACAAAUCAAUCGAAAUAUCGACACUAUGAUGUUCAUAAUCUUUAUGGAUGGAGUGAAACAAAAGCCACAUGGAAUGCAUUGAGAUCAACAAUAGAAAAACGAAGUUUGAUUUUAUCACGUUCAACUUUUGUUGGUUCAGGUCAAUGGAGCAGUCAUUGGUUCGGAGAUAAUCAAGCGACAUGGAAUGAAAUGAAACGAUCAAUAAUAUUAAUGAUUGAAUUUAAUUGGUUUGGUAUUCCAUUUAAUGGUGCUGAUAUUUGUGGUUUUGAGCAAAUACCAACUGAAGAAUUAUGUAUUAGAUGGAUGCAGCUCGGUGCUUUUUAUCCAUUUUCUCGUAGUCAUAGCAGUAAGAAACCAUUCGAUCAAGAUCCAGCUUCUUGGUCGAAACCAACUGUUUCUAUUAUGGUAUCAGCACUUCGAAUUCGUUACAUUCUUUUACCUUAUUAUUAUACAUUAUUUUACAAAGCACAUACACAAGGUUCAACAGUUAUUCGACCAUUGUUUCAUGAAUAUCCAACAGAUAAAAUCACACUUGAUAUUUAUCUUCAAUUUCUUAUUGGAUCAUCUAUUAUGAUAGCUCCUGUUACUGAUGAUGGUCUACGACAAGUUCGAGUUUAUAUACCUUCAUCACAUUGGUAUGAUUAUUAUUCGGGUUCACUUAUUCAAGCAAAACAAGAAUUUAUAACUGUUAAUGCACCAUUGGAAACUAUUCCAAUUUUCUUACGAGGUGGAGGUAUUAUACCAACACAAGGAUAUGCUUCAAAUACAAAAUAUUCAAGAAUGAAACCAUUCGGACUCAUUGUUGCACUCAAUGUAGAUGGACAAGCAGCAGGAGAUCUUUUUUAUGAUGAUGGCGAAUCUUUUAAUACAAUCGAUACACAAAAUUAUUAUUAUGCAGUAUUUACAUGGUCAUCAAAAGAUCGUCAAUUAUCAAUUAAUGUUACUGUUAAUAACUAUUCAUAUAUGUCUACAUUAGUUUUAGAUUCAUUGACUAUUUAUGGAUGGAAUCAAGUACCGACUUCAAUACUUAUAGACAACAAAUAUUUGCAUAAAAUAAACAAAUCUGAUACACAACUUAUUCGCAUCGAACAAUUAUCAAUGAUUAUGAACAAGAGCCAUAUAAUCACAUGGGAUGAAAUCAAAAAUAAUAACAAUUGA